UGAACAUCUCACUUAGAGCCCGGCGCAGCCCCGGCCGCCGCUCAGCGCUCCCCCGCCGCCCUGCGUGCCUCCUGCCAGCCCCCGGAGCUUCUCGUCUCUUCCCUUUUGGCCGGAGGAUCGGAGUUCAGAUCAGCCACUCCGCACCCGAGCCUGACACACUGAACUCCAUUUCUUCCUCUUAAGUUUAUUUCUACUUCAGAGCCACUCACCCUCCCCCUUCCAGGAGGGGAAAAAAAAAAACCAAAAAACAAACCUUUCUUACUCCUUAAAGUGAGAGAUCCCCCCCCCCCGCGCCCCAGCAUCGCAUAUUAAUAUCUCCACGUUGGGAACGCGUUGCAUUUUCUUUUUUAAAGGAAUCCCAGGCAGGGACGUUUUUUCUAUUGAGCACUGACUUUCGACUGCUUUGCAAAAGUUUCGUAUUAAAAACAACGCUACCUGACCCGCUCUGAGAAUUACUAGCUUCUUUUUAUAUAUUUUUUUUCUUACUUUAAACAACAACAGCCACGUUUCUUCCUUUUAAAAACAUGCACUACUGUGUGCUGAGAACCUUUUUGCUCCUGCAUCUGGUCCCGGUGGCGCUUAGUCUGUCUACCUGCAGCACCCUCGACAUGGACCAGUUUAUGCGCAAGAGGAUCGAGGCCAUCCGCGGGCAGAUCCUGAGCAAGCUGAAGCUCACCAGCCCCCCGGAAGACUAUCCGGAGCCGGAUGAGGUCCCCCCGGAGGUGAUUUCCAUCUACAACAGUACUAGGGACUUACUGCAGGAGAAGGCAAGCAGGAGGGCAGCCGCCUGCGAGCGCGAGCGGAGCGACGAGGAGUACUACGCCAAGGAGGUUUAUAAAAUCGACAUGCCGUCCCACUUCCCCUCCGAAAAUGCCAUCCCGCCCACUUUCUACAGACCCUACUUCAGAAUCGUCCGCUUUGAUGUCUCAACCAUGGAGAAAAAUGCUUCGAAUCUGGUGAAGGCAGAGUUCAGGGUCUUCCGCUUGCAGAACCCCAAAGCCAGAGUGGCCGAACAACGGAUUGAACUGUACCAGAUCCUUAAAUCCAAAGACUUAACAUCUCCCACCCAGCGCUACAUCGACAGCAAGGUUGUGAAAACCAGAGCGGAGGGUGAAUGGCUCUCCUUCGAUGUGACGGAUGCCGUGCAGGAGUGGCUCCACCACAAAGACAGGAACCUGGGGUUUAAAAUAAGUUUACACUGUCCCUGCUGCACCUUUGUACCGUCUAAUAAUUACAUCAUCCCCAAUAAAAGCGAAGAGCUUGAGGCGAGAUUCGCAGGUAUUGAUGGCACCUCUACCUAUGCCAGUGGUGAUCAGAAAACUAUAAAGUCCACUAGGAAAAAAACCAGUGGGAAGACCCCACAUCUCCUGCUAAUGUUGUUGCCCUCCUACAGACUGGAGUCUCAACAAUCCAGCCGGCGGAAGAAGCGGGCGUUGGAUGCCGCCUACUGCUUUAGAAAUGUGCAGGAUAAUUGCUGCCUUCGCCCUCUCUACAUUGAUUUUAAGAGAGAUCUUGGAUGGAAAUGGAUCCAUGAACCCAAAGGGUACAAUGCUAACUUCUGUGCUGGGGCAUGCCCAUAUCUAUGGAGUUCAGACACUCAACACACCAAAGUCCUCAGCCUGUACAAUACCAUAAAUCCCGAAGCUUCUGCUUCCCCUUGCUGUGUGUCCCAGGACCUGGAACCUCUGACCAUCCUCUACUACAUUGGCAAUACACCCAAAAUCGAACAGCUUUCCAACAUGAUUGUCAAGUCUUGUAAAUGCAGCUAAAGUCCUCGGGAAAGCCAGGACAGGAAAAUCACGGUGACAAUGAGAUAUGACGACGACGACGAAGACGACGACGACGACGAUGACGACGACGAUGACGAUGACGAUGAUGAUGAUGAUGAUGAUGAUGUUCAUGACAGGAGGGAGUUUUGAUUCAUCAGUGUUUAAGAAAAAAAUUGGAGAAAAAAAAUCGGUACUAGUUCAAACAUUUUGCAAGCUUGUGUUCUGUUUGUUAAAACUGGCAUCUGAGAUUACAGCAACAACCACCACAAAAAUGGAAGGCGUUAGCCUGCAUCUCACCUACUUCCUGAGAGACACAAAAGAGAAAACAUCUUUUUUUUUUUUUUAAAGGAAAAAAAAUAAACACUGGAAGAAUUUGUUAGUGUUAAUUAUGUGAAAGAAAAACAAAACACAACAGGAAAAUCCGUUCAGUGGAGUCGUACGUAUCGUUUCCACCCUACACUUCACCCCACGCCUCCUGGUUCCUCUGUGUUGCUCUGCAGUGGUGCCCUCCCCGUCCCUUCCUCCAAGCUAACAGUGGGUUAUUUAUUGUGUGUUACUAUAUAAUGAACCUCUCAUUGCCCUUGGAAAACAAAACAGGUGUAUAAAUGGAGACCAAAUACUUUGCCACAAACUCAUGGAUGGCUUAAGGAAUUUGAACUCAAAUAAGCCAGAGGCGAAGGAGGUCAUACUGGAUGACCCCCUGUGAGUCGUUAUAGGACCGAGCAAGUCUGCAGGAAAAAUCAAAGCCCCAGGAAACACGUGUUGUGCACCGCACGCCUGCCAAAGCUUCGUGGACGUCCAUACGCCCAGAAGGCCUGUUAACAAAGAGAACUUGGAAUCAGUGGGAAUCUAGAAGAUUGGUUUGUUUUUUUUUUCCUUUUAAUUGUAAAUGGUUUUUUGCCAGUUUAAGCAAGCCGGUGUAACGUUGACCUGUUUUGAUGAUGUGUAUUGUCAGACUUUUGACCGUGAAGUGGCUGUUGAGCUACAAUACAGGUUUUUUUUCCUUUGUCUUGGUAUGUGUAAUGACAUGGAUAUCAUUAAAAUAGACAGGUCUAGAAGCCAGCAUGAUUGAAAACACACUGCAGAUCUUUUUACAAACUAUUAAAUCAAAAUAGUAACUACUUUACAUGUAAUGUGUAGAUCUUACCACAUUUUUAAUAUUCUGUAAUAAUGAUUAUGAUUUAGAUUGAACUUAAAUUUGGACUCUUUUUUUUUUUUUUAAAUGAUCAUUUGGAUUGUAUGUUUGUUUCUUUUAGCUGGCCAGUACCUUUGAAUAAAACCCCUAGAUUUUGACUUGCA